UGAGCUCCUUAUUAUAAUAGUAAGAGUAAUAAUUCUGAACAGCCUUAACAUGAAUCACAAUCAGAAUUCAAAAGUCAAAGGAAAGUAUAUUACCAAGAAUAAUCCUGUUAAUAAUGAUGCAGAGUGAAAAGCACUUUUUUAGGGUUAUAGACUGGAUGCUAAGACUCAGUCUGGAACCUUGAUUAACCUAAAGCUAUCCGAUAUGCUCAGUAAUCCUCAGAUGAAAUAUAAGAAUACCAAGGAUGAGCAUCAAGUUAUCGACCAUUAGCUUCUAAAUGGUCAGUCUAGCAUUAUUAGUUAUAGAAAUUACUUAAGGUUGGCUAAAGCUUAAUUUCCUACAAGCCUUUCUCAAUUGUUGUGAAGAAACUUUCUCUACACAGUUGCCUCAUUUCUGAAUAUAUUACGUCUGACCCGUUCUGGGAGGAAGAGUCUAUGAAAUCUGAGAAGAAUGUAUCACAAGUGGAAGGAUCAAGCAAAAGUAGUUAAGCUAUCUUAGACCUGAUGCUGCCUCCAUUGGGUAGAGGACUGGUAUGAAAAGAACCUUCAAAAGGUGCAGUUGCAAGAAGAGUUAUUUCUUCUAAUGUUAUGAAGGAGUCACUUCAUAUUUUAUAAAGGAGCCAUUAAGGCCCCUAAAUUUUAUUUGACUGAGUAGCGCUAAGUUUUUAGAAUAUGGGAAGUCUUGAGAGAGCCGGAUUUAAUCAUUUAACCGACUAAUAAAGAAACUGCAGCAAGCUUCAUCUCCUUCGGUUUAUUAAGCAAAGGGAAUCCUGAUAUCUUCUAGGGAAGUUGUACCUUACCAAUCGGAAGGAAAGGGUAACCUUCUCUCCAUCAAUGGACUCACUGAGAUUCAUUAGAAGAGUUAAGUUUCUUUUGUGCAAUAGUUCAGUAGAGGGGGUUUGAUGAAUUUAAUGGACAAUAUAGAAAUUUUACCAGAAAAAUCUUGCUGAAUGUUAUACAUUCUGUCCUUCACAGCAGAAAUUUUAUGAAUAAUAAGGCAAGCCUUGGCUAUAACAGACUUUGAAUGCCUUAUAAUUUGUUUAACACAAAGUUGGAAACGAAUAAAAUCUUGUCGUUACUAAAGCCAAGUUUGAAGAAUAUGAAUUUGUCCCAGCUCAUGAGGUAAAUCCAAUUGCG